CGGCGAAGGUUCCGGAGCCCGCGCGCGCCCCCGCUCCGCUGUCACCGUCACCGCUGUCACCGUCGGUCGCCCCCCGGCUCCCGGUGCGGACACCCCCCCCCCUCACCCCCUCCCCGCGCAGCGGCAGGAACCUUUGCUGAGAGGUAGCGGAGCAGCCUCAGGACAUCACCAUGAUGGAGGAUCACGCACCUGGCCAGGAAAAACACUUCUCCUCAGGCUAUCCCCUUCAGAUACCAGUCGAUGAUGGAUCGGAUGAGCCUGUUUCUGAAACAUCUGACGCUAAGAGCACCCCAACUACAGAAGAUGCCACAGCACCUUUAGUGGAGGAAGGAGACCACGAGGAUCAGGGUGGUGUGGAACAGCACGGGGAGAUCCCAGAAGGAACCACAGCUGAAGAGGCGGGCGUAGGAGCCACUCCCAACCUGGACCACGCUGCAGGAGAUGACACUCAGGCACGGUUGAGUCGUGUUGACAAGGAAGGGACUGAAGCUGAUGAAAAGAAACCCAAGGGCCCGGAGCUGAGGGGUGGCACGAAGACGGGCACGCCGCGCUCGGGGCAGGCGCAGAGGAACUCCACCAACGCCACGCGCAUCCCGGCAAAGACCCCCACGGCCCCCAAGACCCCUCCCAGCUCCGGUAGGUGACUCAGAAAAAAACCACCUCCUGCAGCAGCAAAGACUGAGAAAGGUGAGCAGCCAAAGUCUGGAGACAGAAGCGGUUACAGCAGUCCCGGCUCCCCCGGGACUCCAGGCAGCCGUUCCCGCACCCCCUCUCUGCCCACCCCACCAGCCAGGGAGCCCAAGAAGGUGGCAGUGGUUCGCACCCCACCGAAAUCUCCGGCGUCUGCCAAGACCCGCAUCCAGCCCUCGGCCGCGCCCAUGCCCGACCUGAAAAACGUCAAGUCCAAAAUCGGCUCCACUGAAAACCUGAAGCACCAGCCCGGAGGUGGCAAGGUGCAGAUUAUUAAUAAGAAGCUGGACUUUAGCAGCGUUCAAUCCAAGUGUGGCUCAAAGGAUAAUAUCAAACACAUCCCGGGCGGAGGCAGUGUUCAAAUCGUUUACAAGCCAGUCGACCUGAGCCAUGUGACAUAAUGUGGUUCCCUGGGCAACAUCCAUCACAAACCAGGUGGUGGCCAGGUGGAGGUGAAAUCUGAGAAACUGGACUUCAAAGAUAAGGUGCAAUCGAAAAUCGGGUCCUUAGAUAACAUCAGCCACGUCCCUGAGGGAGGAAUAAAAAGGAGUGUCACCACCAGCAGCUCCUGUGCACUCUGGAGAGAGAAAGGCAAGGAAGACAAGACCUGGACCCUGAGCCCAGACCCCGCUGGGCUCCAGGCCCUGGUGCUGGAGCCGCCCACCCUCAUGGAGAGCCAGCUCCCAGCCUUGCACUCGGCUGGGGAGGGCACCAGACCUUACCGCGAGAACGCCAAAGCCAAGACCGACCACGGCGCCGAAAUCGUCUACAAGUCCCCCACCAUCUCCGGAGAUGCCUCCCCGCGCCGCCUUAGCAACGUCUCCUCCACCGGCAGCAUCAACCUGGUGGACUCCCCCCAGCUGGCCACGCUAGCCGACGAGGUGUCCGCCUCGCUGGCCAAGCAGGGCUUGUGAUCGGGGCACGGCGGCGACCAGGAGAGAAGACAAGGAAAGGAACAAAAAAAAAAAAAAAAGAAAAGAAAACAAAAAUAAUAAUCUGGCCUUCUUCCUCUGUUCCUUUUACAGCUGCUUCCCCGUCCCUAACUGGGUAAUGAUUUAACCUGCUUUUACUGUUCAUUCAGCUCUAGCUCCAGGACUUCAAAAUCAGUGACACUAUGAGGUACAAAACCUCCUCUCCCCCUGCUCCUCGGAGCGCACAGCCCGUCCCUGUCCCCACGCUCCCCCUCAUUCCCUGCCGCGUCCCUCGCUGUCCCAGCCCUGCCCGGGACCACCCGGGGAGGGGGCCCGAGGGGACGGCCCCCGCACGGCGCUGACUCGAGCACCCACACCGGCCCGGGGGCAGCGGGUGGCCCUCGGGGAAGGGGCUGUGACCUUCCCACCCUCGUCCCCCUGAGGAUGGCCGUGCUGGCCUGAGGGCCGGGCGCGUCCUGGGUGCACAGCCAGGGACUGCGGGGAGGUGCCCUCCCUCCCUGCCUUAAAUUUGCCUGCUGAUUUGGAAGAAACCUUUGUUUUUAUCUCCGAAAGCCGAGAUGUGUCUGAAGAUAACGUCCAGGUACCCCCCAACCCCGCUCCUCAGCUCCGGCAGCUGGAGUACAGGCGACCCCGGGGUACCCGCUGCGGAGGGGCCCCGACGGCCGUUCCCCUCUCCGUGGCUGUGCUGGAACCGCUGAGUGGAUGAGUAGAGGCUUUUCCCCCAUUCCUUUGGCAGCCCCUCGUGUCGUAGAGUAGAUUGUCUGUAUAUGCUUGGACCGUGCCAGGGUGAUUGUUUUCAUAAACGAGCAUGUGUUUAAAAAAAAAAAAAAUAAUAAAUGCUGUAAGUAGU